CAAGACAGCUGUCGUCUUUGGUAUGAAGAUCUGAUAUUAAUAUUGGGACAAAAUGUGGGAACGACCCCUUGUACUUUGUGUUGUCGUAAUUCUAUUCACCAGUGUAACUUCUCUGACUUCGUCUGAAUUUGAAGCAAAGGUAGAUGAUACCAUCAAUAAGGCACUUAAAUGCCAUCCUAAGCAUCCAGGAUUGACCAUUAGUGUCGUGAAGGAUGGAAAGCUAUUAUUUGCCAAGGGAUAUGGCGUCACAGACAUCUCCUCCAACGUGCCAGUUACGAAUGAGACGCUUUUCCAAAUCGCUUCCAUGUCGAAGGCAUUCGCUGCUACACUUCUUGUUAAACAACUACACCAAUAUUCGAAUUUGAGUAUUUACACAAAGGUGAAAGACUUCAUGGAUCCCGGCUUCAGGUUCUCCACACAUAUUCGAACCGAUAACGCUAACUUAGUGGACCUCAUGUCACACACUUUAGCCAUUCCUAGCAACAGCUUUCUGAGACUCGACUCAAACCUCACACGAGAAAACUUGCAAAAACGAAUACCAUAUCUUAAGUCCAUACAUGCUUUUCGGACAAGUUUUGUCUACAGUAACCUGAACUAUGCAUUAGUUACCUACAUAUCUGAGAAGCUUGGUGGUAAGAAAUGGGAGGAAUUGAUCCGGGAGGAACUGUUUCAGCCUCUGGGAAUGGACAGUUCCAACUUUGUAACAACCAUUUCUGACUUCUCCAAAGUGGCAACAGGCUAUGAGAGUGGCCCAGAUUCUAGAGUAGUGCCAUCCCAGCGUGCAUUCAGCCGGUAA